AUGGUCACGAAAAAUGAGGAGAGAAUGCUAACAGAAAUCACAACGCGAGAGUCCCUCGAAAAAGCUUUCGAACAGACGUCAAGUGAUGUCAACACAAUCUACUUUCCACAAUCAAUUCGAGGCUUUCUGGACGAUGCUUUUCCGGAAUCACCUAUUCGAGUAUUCGUCUACCCUGUACGUGGUCCAAAAAAGUAUUGGUUCAUGAUCAAGGACAACGAGCACAUCAAGGUGAGAGCAUUUGGAGCGCUUGACAGCAGUCGGGCGCAUUUAAUCAUCGGCAAAGAAGAACUUGUCAAAGCAUAUACUUGUCUGAUGCGUAAUGUGGUGUGCGAUUUGGAAGAGACGAAUUUGAGUAUGGAAUUGUUCUACAUGAAUGAGAAACAAUGCCGGCUUACAAUGAAUGAAAAGAUUCCAUUGUCGCCUUUACCAGAUGGCUACUACUUUGAUGAGUUGGUACGACUGCCGUCGAUAUGUGUGCGCCACAACGGCACAGCAGUCGCGUUCGAAAUGAUGGAUCCGGCCGGUUUCUUCAACAAUCAAUUCGUAUUUCCUGAACAUCGCCGAAAAGGCAUUGGAGCUGCGAUCGAGUCCAAGCUGAUUCAACGUUGUGUGAGUGUUGGCAUGAAACCGUUCAAGACCGUAUCGCGACAGAAUCGUUCUGUUCUCUCGGCCACCUACACAUCACCGCAAUGGACGCAAUGGAAGGAGAACGAUCGACCGGUGGUGGUAAUUUUUCAAGAAUGGACGGUUCGAAAUCGUUGA